AAGCAGUCGCACCAGGCACGCACCGAAAUUUUUUCAAGAACGCGUGACAUUAAUGGAUAAGCAUGUACUCAUACAUACAAGUAGGUAAUUACCAAGCUUCACAAGGUUUAAUAGGCAUGCAAGUACCUACUUCGGUCGUGGAAAAUCACUGAAAUUUUCAGUCCGGCCCACAUUUUAGUCUAAUAGAGAAAAAAAGUAAAUGCUUGAUUGCUUGAGCUAUUGUGAAAGAGCGGUGAAGAAGAACGUUAUCCGACGAAACCUUGAUGGAGCUUGUAAUUAAAACUAAAGAAACUUCGCUAUUUAUAAAUUUUCUUAACAUUUCUAUUGUUUAAGAAAAUACACACCAUUGUUGUAGGACAAUUUUUUUGUUCUUAGUGUAGGAAUAAUCAACAAGUCGAAUUUCUGGAGGUGAAUGCUUAUAAAAGCGCAAACAGUCAUUUUGUAGUUAUUAGUUGUCAUUGCUAUGCAGUAACAUAAUAAACGGAGGAAAUUCUAUCAAUAUUAUUUAAUUUAUUUGAAUGAUUAAAAUAUAUUAUUGGAAAACAUAAAACAAUAAAAUAGUAUGGCUCUAUUAAAGUGUAGCCAGGUGCUGUCUGUAGCUUUGUUAUGCACAGUGAUAAUAGCAGAAAAUGCAAUUCAUGCGGUGCCUAGUUCCAAGCAAGUUAUAACAUCCAGUCACUCACAUGACUUAGAUGGUGGUAUUGAUAGAGAAAAAGACGAUUUGCUAUCCUCUUCCUCCAUUGGUUAUGGGUACUACUCGUACCCUUACUUGAAUGGUGGUUUUUAUGGGGGAUACUAUCCAUAUUAUGGCGGCAUAUAUGGUUUAGGUUAUCCUUAUUAUGGUGGCUAUUAUGGCGGUCAUCACGGCUUUCAUGGCCAUUACUGGUAAAGCUAUAUGCUGGAAUAUAUGUGUGUGUAGCGGGUAUAUAAAAGUAAAAAUUCUGUAUUUUUUUGCUCAAAAAAUAGUAAAACUAAAAUAUUAGUAGUGUUAAUUAAAUUAUUAUGCCUAUCUAGAAAUUAAAUGAAAUCUAAUUAGCACAACCGCAAUUUUAAAUAGUUUUUCAGGAUUAUCAUACAAAAAAAGUAAAAAUAUUUAAAAAAUAAAAUGUAUAUUUCUUAUCGAAUGCUAAUAAAAAUUAAUUGAAAAUAAUGAAGUUCAAUAAAGAAAUAAAAACUAAUACAUUGUAAUCAAAACAAAAAUUUUCCGAACUUGCUUUUAAAAAGUGUUUAGUUAUUUAGUGAAUACCAAGUCAAAAAAUAUUCAAAGAUAAAUGUGUAAUUAAAUCUGGUAACUACAGAGAUAUCGAGGUAAUUUUUUCUCCACAAAUUAGUUGUUUACAUUAAGAUUUAAAUAAACCUGACAUCCAAAUUGUUUUUCAAUAUGGAAAACCUAUUGUUAUUAAAAAGUUAUAUCUUUAACUAUAUAGAAAUAAUACUAAAGUUCUUGUACGAAACAUU